AAUUUCUUCUGCAGAUCACUGUGUCCUCUUCGGAGAGAGAGAGAGAAAGAGAGAGAGAGAUAAAGAGAGAGAGAGAGAGAGUUCAGUGGGACUGCGGCGCAUCGUUAAGAUUUCCUCCCUGGAAUGAUUUUUUUUUUUUUAAAGGCUGAACUACUUUAAUAAUGAGGAUCAUGUGAAAUAAACAGAGUCUCGGUGGUUUUACUUGUGGAUGAAUUUAGGAGAGUCCUCGAUUAAGUUUCGAAUGAGUUCUGUUCGGCGGUGAUCCACGAGCAGAGACGGUUUUGGGGAGGUGCGAACGAGCGCGUUUUCUUCCCGGCUCAGCAUGAACCUCAUCGGGGGCUACCAGCAUCACCACCACCACCAUCUGAUGCACGAACCUUUCCCGUUCGUCCAGCGGUGCCACCAGGACGCGCCGUACUUCCAGAGCUGGGUGGUGAACCACGGCGAGGUGCCCGCCGACUUCCAGAUCCAGGCGCCCUACACGCCGUCCGCGGAGCUGGGCGCGCACGGAGCGACGCACGAUGGCCGGCUCGAGGGUCUGCAGCCGGGCAUGGGGAAGAGAAGGGCGUCCGGGCCGAAGAAGGAGCGCCGCAGGACGGAGAGCAUCAACACGGCUUUCGCUGAGCUCCGGGAGUGUAUUCCCAACGUCCCCGCAGACACCAAACUGUCCAAAAUCAAAACUCUGCGCCUGGCGACCAGUUACAUCGCGUAUCUGAUGGACGUGCUGGCCAAAGACUCCGGCGAGACGGAGGGCUUCAAGGCCGAGAUUAAGAAAUUUGAAACACGGGAUUUGAAAAGGAAACGGGAGCUGACCGACGGCCCGCAGGAGUCGUUUGGAUGCGAGAAGAAGGUGAAGGGCCGGACCGGAUGGCCGCAGCAGGUCUGGGCCUUGGAGCUCAACCAGUGACCUCCUCCUCCUCCCCCAGAAAAGACUCCGAAUCCGAAUCUGACAACUUCACUCACAGAGACGUUGACCGGGGCUCGGGCCUCGACUCACCGCUGGGCAUGCGCAGUGACGCGCCGAAAGGGAAGAGACUCGGGGAGGGCAGCGCGGACGGGGAGCCGGAGGAGCGCUACUUGUCGCGUUUUUUCCUCCACACGAUACAGAUAUUUGUGGUGUUUCUGCGUUUUAGCUUCUUGUUCCUUAGGUCUUCACUGACUCUCGCGGUACUUUAGACCAGAUGUAGCCAGAAACCUCUGCAUCAGCCUGUAUAGCUGCCCCCUUAGUGUUCUUUAAUUCCCCCUUUUAGUGAUUAAAGAUCAGAGCAGAAAGUGCGCCAAACUUUCUAUUUUUUAUAUCCAUUAAUAACUGUAAUAUUAAUGAGGUAAGAGUUUUGGACCCCCCCCCCUUUUUUUUUUUUUUUUUUUUACCAAUUAACGAACGCAUAUCUUCCCACUGCUGGAAAAAGAAUCCCAAAUCCUUCAAGAUUCAUAAAAUGUCCCUUUCACCGUCGCUUUUCUUUGCUCGCAUCUGCAGCUUCUGGCCUCAAAGCAGCCAGAAAGUUCUCAACAAUCACAUUUUGCUCGGACUGAAACGUGACCUCUUAUUGAUCAGGAUUAUUUAAUUAUUAUUUUCUUUAUUCAGCCUGGAACUAAAGUUGGUCAAUUCCGAGUUCCGCGUUGACCUGGCGGAAAUAAAAUAACCUGUCGUGGCUUUUAAUGUAAAACUCUCCGCCUCUGUAAACUCUUGUUGUUGUUGUUGUUGUUGUGGAAUUGACUGAAUCUACCUCAGUACUGUAAAUGUCACUGUCUAACCGGAGGACGGGAGGAUAAAAAAGCAACUGAGAGAGACACUUAUACCAAUAACGCAGCUUUUCACUCCCGACUUGUAAAAACGCUCAAAGUAGAAAGGAAAAAAAAAAAAAAAUCGCAUAAAAAAAAUUGUUUAUUAUUGUGCGCAGUGUUCAUGGGAAUGUGUGUUAGAUGUGAAGGUAUAUUUGGUUCCAUAAAUAAAUCGAUUAUUUUAUGACACGUUACCUUUGAAAUUCCUCGUGUUUCUGUUCACAAUCUCCUUUAAGCGUCAUAUUUUACUGUAAAAAGUAAAUAAAAAUCAGAUUAUCUAUGUGCA